AUGGAUUGGGUAGAACGGCGAAAGGCUGGGUCGACUUCCCUUAUUUCUGACAGCAGCGCUGUGAUCGCUAACAACGCAAUCGGCCACCGUCAUCGACCCAGAUCAUUUGUCAUCGUCGAUGGCGUCACUGCCGUAUCGUCUGCGUCCAUCGCCAACCCGCUACCCUUCGCCGACCGAACGGCGAAGAAGCGGCCUUCCCCAUACGCCGCCGCCGCCGCCGCCGCCGCCGCCGCCUCCGCCGCCGGCGCAGGUGCCGUCCCCGCGUCUGUGGGAAGGCUCCGCCACCGGAAGGCCUUCUCCGCCGGAAGGUCGCGCUCGCCGAGCCCACGCACCGCCCGCGUAUAUAGGGCCGGGCGCGCGCCGCCGCCCGCCAGUGAGGGUCUAGCUCGCCGAGGAGACCCCGAAGCACCACCGCCACCGCCGCCCAGCACCACUCCACCCUCUCGAGAUGGCCCAACACUCGACGCUCGCGCUCGCAGCCGCGCUGCUGCUGCUGGUCGCCGCCUGCGCCGCCGCGCCCGCCGGGAUUUUCUAGCCUCAGACGUGGCUCGAAGCAAACGCUCUCCGAUAAAGGGCCUGUUCUUGCACAAGAAGCCCUUCCUCGGCGGAGGCUACGGCGGGCAAGGCGGGCAUGGCGGUGGGCAUGGCGGCGGGCACGGCGGCGGGCACGGCGGGAGCUUCGCGGGCAGCUCCGCGAAUUCUUCAAAUGAACCUAAGGUGGUUAGUGGGUUGGUGGAAUGUGAUGGCAGUGGUGAUGGUGAUGGUGAUGGUGAUGGUGAUGGUGAUGGUGAUGGUGAUGGUGAUGGUGAUGGUGAUGGAGUAGUUGUG